AUGCAGCCCGCCCAUCCUGGGAGGAGGAAUGUCGCGACUGGAACCAGUGUUGCAGCUGCUUCCGCCGAGGCCAACUCAGUUUCUUCUAUGCUCAGCACCUUUGAGGUUGCCAUGCUGGAGUCGACUGAGCCUUGGGAGGCUCAGGCACGCCGGGUUCCGCGACGGCCGGGGUCGAAACAGGAGAUCCAGCUCGAGCGGAUGUUGGGAGGUGGUGACUUUGAUUUCGGAGAGUUCAAGAGCCGCAGCAGAAAAGCUCAGGCCCCGUUGCUUGCAUCCUCAAUUCCCAGGGACCCCGUUCCAGCAGUCCUGGAAGCCGUGGUGAAAUUCAAGCAGGAGGCCUCGGCUUGUGUGCAGAAGUACCUGGCUGAAAGGGCUCUCCCAGCGCCACAACCAAAAGAAGCUCCGGGUCCUUCGGGAGCUCUGAGCUCGCGGCCAUCCACGCGGAGCAUUCCUCGAGAAGAGCCUGCAGGCGUGGCUGUGCCAGGAUCGGCGGGAGUCCCCUCCGGCAGCCGUGAGGACCAGGAAGCCUCUGAGCCUGGUGUCGACGACAAAGUCGACGAGGUGACAAGACACCUUUUGCAGGCCAGGGAGAAGAUCGAAGCUGUUGAACGAGAGUUUGCGCAGAUCAUGGGAGAGCUGGCCGCGUACGGCAGGCAAGCAACGCUUCCAAGUCACUCCGUCCGGAAGUGCCAGAGCUUUCCUGGCAGUGGAGACGCCGGAGGCGGAGGCGGAGGAGGAGGAGACGCUUCUGGCGGCGCCAGCUUCUGA